CCUGUCUCCACAGCCUUUAGGCUUCAGGCUCAGCAGCAGUUCAGGACAGCUUUACUGUUGAGACAAAAGACUAGCGGAGCGUCUGGACUCCAAGCCUCCUGCUGCUUUCCAGGACCGAGGUCAAGCCACACAGUUACUCAGCAUGGAGCUGUCCCCCCCACCCAAAGGGCUAGAAGCUGCGUAUGCCUCCCUUUUCACCACAGGGUCCCUUUCCUUCCUGCAUGAGCUGAUCUCCACGUUUGAUGAGGAGAUGGAGCAGAUCCUCCAACUGAGAGUAUCCAGAAAGGCUCAUUUGGAUCUCUCAGGCGAUCUCCCAAAUUUCUUGGAAAGCACCGCACACAUAAGGGCAGACCCAGACUGGAGGGUGCUCCCUGUCCCUACAAGGCUUCAAAAGAGGCAUGUGGACAUUGGAGAUAUGGCCCCCUGUGAUACUCAACGCUUCGUUCGAGCUCUACAGUCUCCAGCACAAGGCAUACAGGUUGACUUUGAUGAUGGGAACUGCCCAACGUUUCCCAACCAGAUAAAAGGUAUUCACAAUGUGAUCCUGGCAGUAAACAACCAGCUCCCCGGAGUCCCACACAUCUCCCAGGCACCGGUGCUGAUGCUGCGUCCCCGUGCCUGGAACAUGGUGGAGCACAACAUGCUGGUGGAGGGAAAGGAGGCUCCUGGUCCGCUGUUUGACUUUGGGCUCCUCAUGUAUCACUGUGGAAGGACCCUGCUUGAAAACCAAAGUGGACCGUUCUUCUACCUGUCAAAGGUGGAGAGCUUGAUGGAGUCCAGGCUCUGGAACAACAUAUUUGUCUGGACACAGCAGAAGCUGGGCCUUCCGCUUGGCUGCAUCAAGGCGACAGUGCUGAUAGAGAACGUGCUGGCAACUUUUGAAAUGGAAGAGAUUCUGUAUGAGCUGCGGGAACACUCAGCGGGGCUCAACUGCGGCAUCUGGGAUUACUCGGCUUCCUUUGUCAAUAAGUUUGGUUACCGUCGGGAUUUCCUGUUGCCGGACCGGAGCAAGUACGUCAAUAUGGAGAAGCGUUUUCUGCGCAGCUACCUGGACCUGCUGGUUCAGACGUGUCACCGACGCGGAGCACUAGCCACAGGGGGCAUGGCUGCUUUGCUGCUGCCUCAGAGUCAACACGCUGACUCCUACAGCAAAGUCCUGGCUGCUGUGGAAAGACUGAAGUUGCUGGAAAUCAACGCAGGUGUUGAUGGUUUCAUGGUGUAUGACAUGAAUUUGAUCAAACCCAUGCAGAAACUUUUUGAGCGACACUCUGAGGGUGAUAACCAGCUCCACCAGCUCCGAGGUGAUGUCAGUGUGACUCCUGAGGAUCUACUGUCCAUGCCUUCUGGAGGAGUCACCCUUCAUGGGCUGAAGUAUAACAUUGCAGUGGGCGUCCUCUUUAUUAAUGCAUGGCUGUCAGGUAAAGGCCAUUUUUUCUACAGAGGCCAGGUGGAAGAUUCUGCCACUGCAGAGAUUUCUAGAUCCCAGGUGUGGCAGUGGAUCCGUCACCAGGCCCGGCUGGAGGAUGACGGCAGGGUAGUAAGCAGGCGGCUCGUCACGGAGCUCACCAAGGAGCUCAGGACUGAACUUGGACUCUUCUGCCGCUCUGGAAGGAGUACACAGAGGUUACACACAGCUGCAGACAUGUUUCUGGAGGUGGUCUUGAAGAGACACUUCCCAGAGUUCAUCACCUCUUACCUGAACCUGGACCACACUUUCCUCAGCUCCCACUGCUUGGGAGAGGAGGAGGAGGAGGCGGAGGCGGCUGUGGAACCGAGCAGAGGGCGAUCCAAGCUGUGAGGGAGGACCAGGAGAGAUUCUGCUCUCAGCAAUCCUUCAUGCACAUAAGGGAAUAAAGCCACCAUGGUGGACGUUCUGA